AUGAUCAAUCAACGGCGUCCAGAUACAUCAAAAAGACAUCCUGUUGAAGCAAAACGAUUUUCUGAUUCAGAGUUAGAAAUUCCUACAAAACGCCCAUUUUGGCGCGAGUUUUACCGAUCACAAUCAAUCGAUCUCACUGUUGAAGACACUAACAAAGUGAUUGACGAAGAAGAAGAUCCAAUAACUGUGAAUCCGCCAAUUGUUGUCUCCGUUAAACUGCCCGCCGACGCAAGACGUUACAUUUCUAAUCAAGGAUGGUCAAGAUUACGUUCAAAUUGGAAAAGAAUUUUACGUGAUGAUUUAUUUCAAUUUUUACGCGUUGAACAAGUUCGUAUUGCCGAAUAUGAAGUUGAACAAACAAAACGAGAUAUCAAGAAGAAGAAAUUACAGUAUACAGCAGAUAUUGAAACAGUUUUGGUUCUUGAGAAAAUAAUAGAUGCAGAGCUGAGGGAUGAAGACGCGCUUAUAAAGCAUCUCGAACGUCGUGUACACGUAUAUCGAUCACGAUUGGGCAGUGAAGGUUAUACACCAAAUCUGACAGUUCCAGCUGAGAUGGUUGUAGAUCGAAUUAAAAGACGUAUUAAUAAUUUGAUCAGUCUUAACGGUGGACUGGUUAUUGAUUCGGCUAGCGUUAAACGUCGUAUCAAAGCCACUCAAGCAACUAUUGAUAUGAUUGAUAAACAAUCUGAAACUCUCGAUAUUCUCAGUGUUGAAUUAGCCGAGAAGAAAAAGUUGAUUGCUAUAGCAAAAGCUGAUCAACUUCAAGGAGAGUUGGUCUCCACUAAAGCUCAAGUGAAUGAAUGUGUAAAACAUUUACAGAAAGCUCAAGAAGAUUUGAUUAAUGAAUCAGUUAUAUUAAAGAGCAAUAAAGAAGCAAUUACAAAAUAUGACAAUAUAAUUAAAGAAUCCACCGCGGAAAUUGAACAAAUAAACCAUGAAAUUAAUGAAAUUGAGUCCGAAAAUGUCUUCAUGCGAAAUAAUUUAUCAGACAUAAAAUGUCUUCCCACAAUUAUGGACUAUGUCAAACUAGAUAAACGCUGGAAAGAAAUACAACAUGAAACAGCCAUUUAUACACAACGUGUUCGAAAUGCUGAAGUAAGUUAA